AUGAUGAAUAUAGAUCAACAUCAUCAGCUUCAACAACAACAUCAACAUCAACAACAAAUGUUACAACAACAACAACAGGCUCAAGCACAGGUACAGGCUCAACAACAGGCUCAACAACAGGCAGCAGCAGCAGCAGCAGCAACAACAGCAGCUAACGCUGCUGCUGCUGCUGGUGCUACUUCUUCUACUACUCCUCGUCAAGUAUCAUUCAAUGUUUCUGAUCAUUAUCAAAUUUUAGAAAUUGUUGGAGAAGGAGCUUAUGGUAUAGUUUGUUCAGCUAUUCAUAAACCUUCACAACAAAAAGUUGCUAUUAAAAAAAUUGAACCAUUUGAAAGAAGUAUGUUAUGUUUAAGAACUUUAAGAGAAUUAAAAUUAUUAAAACAUUUUAAUCAUGAAAAUAUUAUUAGUAUAUUAGCAAUUCAAAGACCAAUUAAUUAUGAAUUAUUUAAUGAAAUUUAUUUAAUUCAAGAAUUAAUGGAAACUGAUUUACAUCGAGUUAUACGAAGUCAAAAUUUAUCUGAUGAUCAUAUACAAUAUUUUAUUUAUCAAACUUUAAGAGCUCUUAAAGCUAUGCAUUCAGCUAAUAUAUUACAUCGAGAUUUAAAACCUCUGAAUUUAUUAUUAAAUUCAAAUUGUGAUUUAAAAAUUUGUGAUUUUGGUUUAGCAAGAUCAAUUGCUUCACAAGAAGAUAAUUAUGGAUUUAUGACAGAAUAUGUUGCUACUAGAUGGUAUAGAGCUCCAGAAAUUAUGUUAACUUUCCAAGAAUAUACAACAGCAAUUGAUGUUUGGUCAGUAGGUUGUAUAUUAGCAGAAAUGUUAAAUGGUAGACCUUUAUUCCCUGGUAGAGAUUAUCAUAAUCAAUUAUGGUUAAUUAUGGAAGUUUUAGGUACUCCUAAUAUGGAAGAUUAUUAUAAUAUUAAAUCUAAACGAGCAAGAGAAUAUAUUAGAAGUUUACCAUUUUGUAAAAAAAUCCCUUUUAAUGAAUUAUUUGCCAAUAACAAUAGUAGUAACAAGAAUAUUAAUCCUUUAGCAUUAGAUUUAUUAGAAAAAUUAUUAAUUUUUAAUCCUAUUAAAAGAAUUACUGUUGAAGAUGCUUUAAAACAUCCUUAUUUACAAUUAUAUCAUGAUCCUAAUGAUGAACCAAUUAGUAAUAAAAUUCCUGAAGAUUUUUUCGAUUUUGAUAAAAAAAAAGAUCAAUUAUCAAUUGAAGAUUUAAAAAAAUUGUUAUAUGAAGAAAUUAUGAAACCAUUAUAG